AUGGACAGCCAGGACGGGAAGGGGGUGGUGUGCGGCAACAGCGCCGGGUUUGUGAAGUGUGGAUAUGCAGGCUCUAACUUUCUAGAACACAUCAUCCCAGCUUUGGUUGGAAGACCUGUUACCAGAUCAACCACCAAAGUGGGAAACAUUGAACAAGGAUCUUACGGUGACUCGAAGAAGCCUUCCAAAAAGUGUUUGAAAAGGGAGCUCUACUCUACUUCGACGGUGUCUUCAUUGAGCACCCUUGAUGGUAUUUUAAGAAGAUAUGCCGUAUCCACCUCUCAGGGUCAGAGACCUCGUAGCUCCUGGGUAAAGAAGGGAAUAUACCCAGUAGAAGCCUUUGAGGAGUCUCCAACUCACAAGGACAGAGGAGAUGGAGAGAGGCUGGUCAACACGAGGGUGGUGCAGGUGGUCCCUCUGAGGUUUGACUCUACCCCCUGUGGGGAUGCUAUACAGGACAUCUCUGACGAAGACACUGUAUAUGACAUCUGCGAUGAGGACGUUGUAGACAUCUGUAAUGAGGACACUGUGGACAUCUCUAAUGAGGCUGCUGUACCUGACAUCUUGAAUGACGCUGGAGACAUCUGUAAUGAGGCUGCUAUAAGUGACAUCGCGAGUGAGGAUGCUGAAGACAUCUGUAAGGAGGACACUGCAGAAAACAUCGCUAACGAGGACAUUGUUUACAACAUAACUAAUGAGGACGCUGAACAACACACCUCUGAAAAAGAAGACGCUGCCAAGGAGCCAUUUAUAUUGGAAAACGAUUUGAUUGUGGAGAGCAUAUCUGACGACAAGGAUUUUGCAGGUAGGUAACUACUUUCCAGGUAAGAUCCAAUGGGAGAGAGUUCCCAGGGCCCUCAGGGUAUCCAUGCUGCUUGGGAGGUCGAGGGAGGGGGCAUGAAAUCAAAAAGAAAAAGGAAAUAUGUGUCAAAUUGGAUUUGGUGUUUUCCAGGUUUCUUGUCAUAAUGUAAGAACUGUCUCUGUGGGCUGGGAGGGUGCUGUGUGAUUUGAAGGUGAUCUUUCCCAGAACACCUGGCCUUUUCUGCCUCUGCCUCUGCCAAACAUCACAGCCUUUGGGUUGGACUGGUCAGCACUCCUUGGGAUUGUGCAGAAGAGGUUUGGGGUUGCAUCAAGUGGCACCUGUGGCGAACAGAAUCUGAGGGACACAACUCUCUCACAGGCACUUACUUGAACCUGGAGACACAUUUCUCCUGGUGUGUACCCAGGGGUGCAGGAGAAAUUCACGGUCAUCCUCUGAACGUUUAGGACUUUAAAAAGCACUCACGUUUCCAUCUCGCUGUUGACUCCUGGCUUAAAGGGAGCUCCUAGGGUGAGUGACGGAGGCGGGAUCGGACCCUGGCAGUCUGACGGCAACACCUGUGUUCCUCUGCACUGGGCCUUGGACAACAUUACACACCUUUGUGAGAAUCAGGAAUUAUACACCUUUGUGAGAAUUCGCAUCUGGAAUUGAGAUGGACCUUGAGUCAUAUAAAUAAGUUGGAAAAGAUGCAUUUUAUCACCCUGUUGAAAGAAACCAUUUAUUUCUCACUCCAGCAGGAUAAAUGGUUUUCAGUGUCUACUUAACUGCUCAUUGACUCUUACUGUAGAUGAGGAGGUGGCAAGCAGGCCCUGCCCUCCCCCAGUUGUAGGGCCAAGGUAACCAGCAAUUGGCUGGAUAUAAUGGAAGAGUGGUGCAUUCGGAGGUAUCUGUAUUAAUGGGACCCGCAUGAUAUCGGUGACAGCUAUUAGGGUGAGAAAAAACGUGGGAGCACAAUGAAAUGUUUAAAUAUUAAACAAAACAUUGUUGAAAUCUCCAUGGUACUUUAGUAGUCGAAGUCAUUCUUGUGGUCAUCACUGCUUUUCCCAAACAUAACAGGCUACUUAAUGUCACACGGACCCAUGCCAUGAGGAAUGACAAUCAGUUUGUAAAAUGCCAAUAAAGCCAUUGCCCGUAUAAGCCACAAUAUUUCAUCCAUAUAUUUCAAUGUCCAUGUGUAAAUAUGGUUCAAAUGUCAGAAUUUAUUAUUAUCUAAUAGAAUAUGCAUGGUAUAUCCAUGAGCAAUAACCAUUAUACUAUUUCUAUUAACAAUUAUUUGUAUGAUGAAAAACACAGACUCCCAUUCUUGGAGUUUUCUGAGUUUGCACACAUUAGCAUGACAGCCCCAUGUUCACCUGACGUGUGCCAGCAUGAGACCAGGAACAGAGGCUUUUCCUAUUAGCUAAGGUUUCUAAAUGUAUUACGUAUUCAUGGUUAGA